AUGAAGUUCUCUUCUAUCGUUACUACCGCCGCCUUCGCAAUGGCUGCCUCUGCUAAGGACGUCUCUUGCCGUGUUAACGGUCAGGAGGUCGCCCAGGUCGACUUGGACACUGGUGACUGUCCUUUCAGCAUCCCAGAGUCCCUCCCAGUCACCUUCAGAUUCGACGCUGAGGAUGACUACGAGGUUGACGCCUACUACGUCAACGCUGACCAGAAGUACUGGAACGACAUUGAGAACGCUGGUAGAACCGUUGAUGUCCCAGCUAAGGAAUUGUACGGUAAGGACGCUACUAACUUGUUCCACGUUCACGCCGAGGAGUCUCCAAGCUCCAACUCUACCGCUGCUUUGAGAAGAAGAUUCAACGCCCAGAUGCUCCAGGCCAGAGAUGAGAAGGACGACCUUGUUGCCUCUAUCAAGGCCCAGGACGGUGAGGGUACUGAAGUUACCAUUGAGGUUGUUGACAUUGACACCCCAACCCCAGGCCCAUCUGGCCCAUCUGGCACUGUCACUGAGACUAACACUGGUACUACUAUCAUCACUGUCACUUCUUGCGAGGACGACAAGUGCCACGAGACCACCACUCCAGCCACCUGGGGUCCAACCACCACCACUGUUGAAGGUACUGAGACUAUCUACACCACCUGGUGCCCAGUUGUCACUGAGACUAACACCCACACCACCAUUGUGACCGUUACUUCUUGUGAAGACGACAAGUGCCACGAGACCACCAAGCCUGCUACUUGGGGCCCAACCACCACUACUGUCCAUGGCGAGGAGACCGUCUACACUACCUGGUGCCCAGUCGAGACCGAGACCAACACCCACACCACCAUUGUUACUGUUACCCACUGUGAGGAGGACAAGUGUGAGGAGACCACCAAGCCAGCUACCUGGGGUCCAACUACCACUACCGUUGAGGGCGAGAAGACUGUCUACACCACUUGGUGCCCAGUUGAGACUGCUCCAGAGCAGCCAGGUCCAGAGCCAGCUCCAACCACCAAGGCUCCAGGUGCCACUGAGCCAGCCCCAGAACAGCCAGCUCCAACCCAGGAGGCCCCAGAGAAGCCAGCUCCAUCUCAGGAAGCUCCAGAGAAGCCAGCUCCAACUCAAGAGGCUCCAGAACAGCCAGCUCCAACCCAAGAAGCUCCAGAACAGCCAGCUCCAUCCAAGGAGGCUACUGAGCAGCCACCAACUGGCGGUGCCCCAGCUCCAACUGAGGGUGCUCCAUCUACUGUGGCUGGUCCAUCUACCUUCAUCUCCUCUCCAGGUGCUCCAGCUCCAACCCAGUCUGGUAUUUCCACCUACGAGGGUGCUGCUGCCGCUGUCAAGGGCUCUUUGCUCGCAUUGGCUGCCAUUCCUCUUGCUUACAUUUUGUAA